UCCUCCAUGUCGGCACUUGACCCACUCAUCGGCCCUUCAUCCACUUUUUUCUUCUCCGGAGACCUAAUCAAUUUCCCCACAAAAUUAUAAAUGCAACUCAUGAAUUUUGUGUGAAAGGUUGAGCCAAUCGUGGAUUGGAAGCCAUCUCUGUUGAAUUUGAAUGUAUCUCGGCCCCAAUUAGUCAGUUGGAUUUAAGGGAGGUGUUAUUUGUUGUGGGGUUUUAUACAAUUCUUUCAAUUUUGAAUUAAGAAAAAUCAAGUUUCUUGACCUAAAAUCUUUCAAUUUUUGAGAUGGGGGGUUUAGCGAUUAGAGAUGAAGGAGGGAUCGCGAAAAGUUUAUGGAAGAAAUCGAGAAAUGAAUCGAUAUUUGCUAUUUAUACUCCUUAUAUAUUAUCACUAGCAUCUGGGAAAUUGGAUUCUGCUUCUUUCCUUCAUUGUAUCUCUCAGGAUCUUCGUUUUCUUCAAGCUUCUGCUGAGGCGUUUGAGAUGGCUGAAGAAUGCUCAGAUGAUGAUGAUGAUAAGGCUGUAAUUCGUAAAGUUAGAAAACGGGUGUUGAAGAAGAUGGCAAUGUUUCGAUUGAUCGUCCAAGAAUGGGGAUUUGAACUUCCAGCAGGGAACAUUUCAGAUCGUGCAAUGGUCAAAUGUACGGAUUUCUUGCUGGCAACGGCCUCCGGUAAAGCAGUUGGCGAGAGAUUUCCGGGUAAGGUUGCAACUCCUUUCGAGAAAACUAAGUUUAGCGCGUAUGCACUUGCUGCUAUGUCCCCUUCCAUGAGGAUUCAAUCGUUUUUGAGUAAGGAGAUACAAGCAGUUCUCGAACCAGAUGAAAACAUUCAUCUCUACAAAAAGUGGAUUGAUAGUCUCGCUUCUCAAAAAUACGAGGAUUCAGCGUCCCAGAUUGAAGAUUUGUUGGAUAAAUUGACAGUGUGUUUGACUGGUGAAGAGCUUCAGUUUGUGGAAAACAUCUAUCAGAAAGCCAUGAAGCUUCAAGUAGAAUUUUUUUCAGCUCAGCCGAUCAUCCAGAAUACUAUUGUACCCUUAUAUAGAGCUCAUGGCAGCGAUGAACACAAUUUUGUUAUAUUUAGCGGUUUUGACAUGACUUGCAGUGCCGUUGAUUCAUGUGCCCUUUUGGCUGAUAUCGCUAUCAUAAAAUCAUCAAAAGCUAUAAAGUUGAAUGGAUAUGAAUCCCUCGAUGAUGGAGCGUCCUCGGAUGAUCUUCGGGAUAUUUGGAGCAGUCUUCAUGGCCAGUAUGUUGAAGAAUAUGAACAGUGUAUUGAUAGCAUCAUGCUUAGUGACAGAGUCACACAAUUCAACUUCGAAAGUCUUUGCAACGCACUCGGGCAGCUGUCCGAGCUGGAGAAGGCGGCAAAUUUGAGAGUGGCGAACUCCGGUGUUUUGAAAGGAUUGCAUAUGGAUGAGAUUAAGUGGGCGGGGGAACACCUUGUUUUCCAAGAUGGUUGUCUAGAGUUCUUUAGAGAGAUUGAAAAGAGCAAAGACAUUGCAAUCGAUGUUCAUAUACUUUCAUAUUGUUGGUCCGGUGAUCUCAUCAGGUCUGCCUUCCGUUCAGCUUCGGGAUUUCCCAAUGUCCAUUCAAACGAGCUACUCUUCGAUGAAUCUAUAUCAACCGGAGAGAUCUUGAAACGGGUCCAAAAUCCCACCGAAAAGCUUCAAACUUUCAACGAAAUCUGCAAGAUGUCAAGCAACAAUGGCAGGAACUUGUCUGUAUACAUCGGAGGUUCUGUGGAAGACUUGCUUUGCCUGUUGAAAGCCGAUAUAGGUGUCGUAAUCUCUCCAAGUGCUAAUCUAACGAGACUUGCAGGUUUGUUCGGGUUUUCUUUCGUCCCAUUAUUUUCCGGUUUGGUCAAGAAACAAAGAGAGUUAAUCGAAGGCGGAUGUCCUUGUUGGAGUGGUCUUUCCGGUACCCUUUACACUGUUUCUAGUUGGGCCGAGAUUCAUGCUUUCAUUUUGGGCACAUAAUCAUUCCUUUGGUUAUUUAGCAGAAUAACCUUCUGACAUAUUGUUUUUUAAAUGCAUAACUUUCUAACAGAUUCUGAGGCAUUAUUCUGUCAGGUAGAUAUGUUCUUAAAUUUGUCAAAUUGUGAAACAUUUAAGAAAACUGUCGGAAGGUUAAUAACCUUUUGACAUAUAUUUCUUAAAUGCACGACUUUUUGAUAGAUUUUGAGGCAUUAUUCUGUUAGAUAGAUGCGUUCAUAAAUCUGUUAGAUUGUGAAACAUUCAAGGAAACUGUCAGAAGGUCAAAUAACCUUCUGACAGAUUCUUAUUAAAUGCAUGACUUUCUGGCAGAUUCUGAGGCAUAUUCUGUUAGGCAGAUGCGUCCUUAAAUCUGUUAAAUUGUGAAACAUUAUAAAAAAGAACUGUCAGAAGGUCAUUUUAGCCCUAUACGAAUACAUAAGACAGACAAAGUAGUACAUAUUUUCCUAAUAGAGAAUAACAAUAAUUGGUAAUUUAUAGGGUUUAUAGCCGGAUAUUAGUAAUGGCUAGGGUUGAGCCUUUGAGUAUUUCGAAAGGGCCACCACCGCCCUUUUUACGUUCUUCGGUUAUCUUACGGUUUCGGUUUGUGAGAUUUGAAGAUUUGUAUGUAAUUUUUCCAACAAUGCUGGGAAAUUAUUGGAUAUGUCAUUUGUAAGUUUCUUGAAUUGUACAAACAUUGUUCUAUUCAAUAAUCAAUGA